AUGCGGUCCUCUAUCUUCGUCAUUGCGCUCUUGAUGAGUGGUGUGCUGCUCGUCAUGGCGGAUGCCGAAUCGGAUUCUAGGCAACUGGAAGCCACGGCACCUGGCGCUGAGAAGCUCGUGGUCGAGGCUCCCAAGGAAGUGGCGAGGGUUCCUCUUCCUGAUUUAGAAAGACAGGAAGAACGAAUGCUUUUAGAAUCGUUGCUCUUUUCUUCUAGGUUUAUCGCAUCGCUAUUGUUAAUUAACGUCGAUCUGCGUAGCCUAUACUUCUGGCAUCCCAACCCACACGAAGAAGAAGACUUAUGGGACAUCUUGAAAAAAAUGACGAUGAGCAUCAACUAUAUAGGACGGAGGUGGUCAGUCACUCCACUGUAUCACGAAAUGGCUGCGAACCGGUUCGAUGUCCGUCACGUUGAAGUGCCGGAGGAACUCCUGUCAAGCGAAGGCUGCGUGUACUUUGUACUUCGUGCUCGCCUUCGGUCUAUACAGCCUUCCGCGUACAAUUCGGUGGUGGAUGCUCUUCGAAGGUAUCUGAGCGAGUUGGAGGUGGCAAUAUUGCUCUCGCGGUCCAAGGAAAUGCACAUGAGUGUGGCAGUCAUCGAACACGAGCAAUUUGAGGCAUGGAGAGUGGGAAGAAUCACGCCUGGAGCCGUUCGAAGUGCGUUCGUGAGCCAAUGCUCAUUACUGCCCGAAUCUUCAGCCUUCAAGAAGCCUACUCCAUUCCAAGUGGAUGAUGGCAGGUUUUUGAGAAAAAUUCUUCGUGAUUAUACGAGCUACUGUCGUAACCCAGACGCUUUUGCGAAAAAUAAGUACCAAUAA